AGGUCAGUCAGUAGUUGGGUUUCAGUUUCUACAACUUCAGGAUGGUCUGAGUUCUUUCUUCCCUGCUUUUCUUCUUCUUCUUCUCUCUCAAGUCAGUCAUUUUGGGGGCAGAGUGGCUAAGCUGGUAAAAUCACUGUGCCCCUAGAAAAUGCCGAGUCUCACCAAGCUCUUUUCCAUGGAAGAAAUCUCCCAGCAUAACACCAAGGAUGACUGCUGGGUCGUUAUCGAUGACAAGGUGUAUGAUUUGUCAUCUUAUUUGGAUGAACACCCUGGUGGAGAUGACGUAGUUCUUGCUGCAACUGGAAAGGAUGCAACUGAAGAUUUUGAAGAUGCUGGGCACAGCAAAACUGCAAAGGAGCUCAUGCAGAGCUUUUUCAUUGGUGAGCUCGACACCUCUGAUAUCCCAGAACCUGAUAUUGUCUCCACGAAGCCAACAAGAAGAGAUUAUGCUCAGAAGCUCAUAGACUUGGCAAAGCAAUAUUGGGUUGUCCCCACAGCGGUUGUUGGCCUCUCUGUAGUAGUAGGAUUCUUAUUCUUCCGCAAGAAAUGAUGCUAUUGAAAAGUUUAUUAGUUGAGCUGAUUUUGUCACAAUUUUGAAUAAAUUUUUACGGGGGUAGGAAUUUUUACUAGCAAUUGAUUUAAUAUAAUGAUGAAAAAUAUUUUGCAUAUUUGAGGUUGUGCCCCUAAACCUGGGAUUUGUUUUACCUUUUAAGUUAAAUUCUGCUA